AUGCUACGAAUUUUCUCCCGGUGGCGUCAUAUUCGUAACCUUAGUCUGUUCGCGGUAGAUGACUGGAUCAUGAUGACGGCUGUGCCGACACUUUAUACCGGGCUGGCAGUGAUCUCAACUCCAACAAUUGCCAAAGACGGAAGCAGCAUGACCCCAUCAGAACGUGUGAGCGCAUCCAUACAAGGUGGCUCCAAUAAGUGGAUCAAAGAACCAACAGCCAUUGCUGUUGCUGAGCAGUGCAUGCACGCCUUGAUGUCCGCAUUAAAACUAUGUAUGCUAUUGACAUUCGCUCGCACGCUCAAAGAAACGACCACCAUCAAAUGGGUCAAGGGUGCGGCAGUAUACAUCAUCUUCGGCUGGCUAGCGGUUGAAGUUGCCUUCUUCACGGUCUGCAGCACAGUCGAGGAGUUUGCUAUUGCCCAUGCAACAUUCAACCUUAGCAGCGAUGUAUCCAUCGUUGCGAUCGCAAUCUCGCUAAUCACAUCGCUCUCGCUACCGGUUAAACAAAAGACCAGGCUAGUCAUGCUACUUGGCAUGGGCAGUUUUAUCGUCAUCUCAGCACUUCUAGCAACAUUCCGCGACUUUACCGAAGCUUAUUCUACAACUCGCAUACCCUGGUACUUACGCGAGGCGUCGUUCGUAGUCUGCGUCGCUAAUGCACUUAACCUUUGGUGUCUAUUCCCCAGAAACAUGCCAUUCGUGCAUGACGCUAUCGAGUCAAAUGUCCGAUGCUCCGACGCUCAGCGAGACGAGAAAGUAUCUACUAGUAUGAACGAGCAUCACAGCCACAUACACGCCUUCCAGACCCCCAGCCCUGACGACUUGGACUGCGAAGAAGCAAGCUGCGAUGACGAGGAAAAUGAGAUAAUCAAUCAGUGCGAAGCGAAUCCCUGGAAACGCAUCAUCGUAGACGUACAAGUCGAUUUCAAAUUGGAGAUUCUAAAUGCCAGGUGCGCAGGAUCUUCCAUGAAGGCAGAGAAGUCGAGGAUCGUAACGUGUGAGGGACCAGAUGCGCGACAUGGAAAGGAUUAA